GGACAGGAAGACCCAGAGACCACACUGAUUAAAGAGGAACAGGAGGAACUCAGGACCAGUGAGGAGGAAGAGCAGCUUCAAGGGCUCUUUGAUACGAAAUACUCCAUAUUCACUCCUUCCUGUUUGAAAAAUGAAUAUGAUCAGGAGGACCUACUUCCGUCCUUGACUCUUCCCCAAAACCAGACUGUGGAUAACAGAGAGCGUGAAUCUGAACCAGUGKAUCCUAAACCUUUUGGCACUGUGACCCACCUAAGGGGYCUGGACAUUCCCUGUGACCCUCCAGAUAAUCAGAACAAUGCCUCAGCCAUAAGCAGCAACCCAGUAGGACUUGACMGMAGUCUACCAUUUGAUCUCAACMCACCAUUCGGGGAAAACUCUUCCAAACUCAGCACCACAUCUAGAAUAACUCACCACUGCCGUGACUGUGGUGAAACAUUUGCACUGAAAGCUGACCUGCAGAGGCAUGUGACUCUCCCCAAGAAGAGACCUUGCGAAUGCAGCUUCUGCAAAAARCGCUACAACUCCACCUGUAAACUGAAGGCCCAUGUCCGACUCUGUCAYGGUGAGAAACMCUGCACCUGCCCCUUUUGUGGCAAGACCUUCAAACAAAAAGGACAUCUGUCCACUCACAUGAGAAUCCACACAGGAGAGAAACCAUUUACCUGUGGUUACUGUGGGAAGAGCUUUAUUCAGAAGGGGGACCUAAGGAGGCAUAUCCUGACUCACACAGGAAAGAAACCAUUUAGCUGUGGUUACUGUGGUAAAGGCUUCAUUCGCAARGAGCACCUAACUGCACAUAUACGGACUCACACUGGAGAGUAAUCACAUGGUCUGUGGUAAAAAUGUUCAUUCAGAAGGUAAACCUGCUGACGCAUGUGAAAAACAUCCACAAAGAAACAACAGAAUGAAAACGCAAAGGAGAAAGAAAAUUAGGACAAAGAUCUGCUGUCAGAAGAUGGGAAUAAAAAGGCAGGAUGUGAACAACACUCUUAGAAAAGCAAAGAAAGACAGUUAGGACAAAGAUCUCCUGUCAGGAGAUGGGAAUGAAAAGGCAGGAUGUGAACAACACUCUUAGAAAAGCAAAGCUACUCUGGAUCAUUCCUGCUGUGGGUUUCAGAUAAAUAGAUACACGGUGGAUUUACUUUAGUAAAAUGUUUUGUGUAAAUAAAGUUUGAUGUCAAUUAAAACAUUUGAUAAUGAACAAA